GCAGUAACAGUGAUAGGUUGUCAAUUAUUUGUAUAUAUAAUAUACAAACCAUAAAAAUAUAAAAUGGCUGAUGUUGAAUUGAUUCAAAAUUUAACUUCGUACAAAAUUCAGUUUGAACAAGUUGAGGCUGCAUUGUCAACGGACCCGGAAAACGACGAUUUAAAUAAACUUAAAAAAGAUUUAGAAGAUGUCAUUGCCCUAACAUUAGAUUUGAUACAAAGGCAGGAUGCACCUCCUCAUAAUCGCAGAGUUGUUGAAGAAGAAUAUUAUAAUAUAGAUUGGAAAGUGGGAGAUAAAUGUUUUGCAAUUUGGUCUAAAAAUGGAAAUUAUUAUGAGGCUAUAAUAGAUGAGAUAAUUGAUAGCAAACAUGCAACUAUUACUUUUGCCAAAUAUGGAACAAAAGAUGUGGCUAUAAUUAAAAGUUUAAAACCAUAUUCAACGCAAUUUAAUCAAGAAUUAAAUAAUCUACAUUUAAAACCACAAAAAAUUGAAGCAAUAGAAGCAUCAAGUUAUGCCUCUGUUAAUCCUUUUAAUCCAAAUUCUAUCUCAACUAAAGAUAAAGUCAAAACAAGGAAAGAAAUAAUAAAGGCUCAACAAGAACAAAAAAAGAAAAAAGCCCUAAAAAAGGCACAAAGAGUUAAACAACUUGAUUCUGAAGGGGAAGUCGAAAAACAAAAAUGGAAGGAUUUUUCCAUAAAAGCCAUGACAAAAAUGAAAAAGGGUAUCACCAAAAAAAGCAUUUUCGCGACACCCGAAUCGGAGGCAGGCAAAGUUGGGGUGGGAACUUGUGGUUUGGGGGGUAGACCCAUGUCAAAGCCGCUCAACGUUGCUCCCAAAUAUCCUAGACAAACAUGAUUACACACAAUAAUAUACUCAUGCUAUAUAAAUCGUAUAGUUCAUUCAAAAUUUUUAUAGUAAUGUUUCAGCAAGAGCUGUGGCAUGUUUUCAAUUGUUAAAGUUAUAUUCGGAGAUACAUUGGAAUUUUAAAUGUUUUCUUUUAUUAAACCUUUUAUAAUAAGAAGAAUAGUUUGAAGAUUCAUUAAUUGUAUUUUAUAUAUAUAAAUUUUUUUUAACCU